GGCGCAGGCGCGGUGCGGCCCGGCCGGGGGCUCCAUGUCGCGGCGGGCCCUGAGGCGGCUGCGGGGCGAGCAGCGGGGCCAGCAGGAGCCGGGCCUGGGCGAGCUGGGCCCGGCCGCCGGCUCCGAGAGCGGGCAGCAGCGGCCGGAGGGGGUCGUCCGGGGCCGGAGCGGCGUCAGCAACCGCUUCGAGCUGAUUACCAGUGAAGAACCGGAGGAUGACCUCCCAUCCAAAGAGGAGCGAGCAGAUACCAGGCUCAAAGAGCACGAUGUGUCAGAGAGGAACGAUGAAGAGUCCGUACCUGAGGAGGCAGAAGGCGAUGGGCAGAGGAAUGGGGAAGAGGCAGACCGGCCGGACCAAACGGUAACGCAGCUGCAGCCCGUGUUAAGUAACAAGCCACGGAAGAAAAAAAAGAAGAGGAAAACGAAGAAAGCUGCAGCAGGCGAGACUCUGGAAGACAAUGACCUGGAAGACAUCGACAGCUUACUGGAGAAGAUUGAGGAUACCAAUGGGGUACUGCAAGAGACCCAGAGUGGAGUAAUUGCUGAGAGCAGGCCUCUGCUCUACGUAGAGCACAGAAACUUGAAUCCAGAGAAUGAGUUGAAGAGAUACUUCGGGGCUCGUGCUGUUCUUGGUGAUCAGAGGCCAAGGCAAAGGCAGCGCCAGUACGUCCGCAGCACGUGGCUGACGGUUCCCAAGAACACCUGGCCACGUUACAGCAAAACAGGUAUUGCCAUGCAGCUGGUAGAGACCAGGAGGGGGGUGCAAUACUUCACAUUCGAGCACCACCGUGAGUACCAGCAAGUGCAGUUCAAGUUCCUGGAUGCCGUGGAGUCCAUGGACCCCAACAACAUUGUGCUGCUGCUUCAGAUGAACCCGUACCACGUGGACUCCCUUCUGCAGCUCAGCGAUGUCUGCCGGAUGCAGGAGGAUCAGGAGAUGGCCCGUGACCUGAUAGAGCGGGUGCUGUACAGCCUGGAGUGCGCCUUCCACCCCGUCUUCAGCCUCACCAGCGGGAGCUGCAGGCUGGACUACCGGCGGCCGGAGAACAGGGCUUUCUACCUGGCUCUCUUCAAACACCUGAUCUUCCUGGAGAAGAGGGGCUGUCCCCGGACAGCUCUGGAGUUCUGCAAGCUGAUUCUGAGCCUUGAUCCAGAGAACGACCCGCUGUGCGUGCUGCUGAUGAUUGAUUUUCUGUCCCUCCGAGCUAGAGAGUACACCUUCCUGACACGCAUGUUCCAGGAGUGGGAGAGUCACCGGAAUUUGUCCCAGCUCCCCAAUUUUGCCUUCUCAGUGCCGUUGGCCUAUUUCUUCCUGAGCCAGCAGGAGGAGCGCUCGGAGCUGGAGUUAAGCCAAGCCCGGGAGAGAGCUGCCCGGCUCAUCCAGCUUGCGCUGAUCAUGUUCCCAAGCGUUCUUAUGCCGCUGUUGGAUCACUGCAGUGUGCAGCCUGAUGCCAGGGUCGCCUCCCAUUCCUUUUUUGGGCUGAAUGCUCAGAUAAGCCAGCCUCCCGCCUUGAACCAGCUGACGUCUCUCUACGUGGGAAGGACUCACUCCCUGUGGAAGGACCCAGCUGUCAUGGCUUGGCUGGAGACAAACGUCCACGAGGUGUUACGCAUGGUAGACACCAGAGACCCGCUGGUGGAGGAGUCUGAGCUCAAGAGGAAGAUGAGAUACCAGAGUGCCCCCAGGAAUAUCUACCGGCAUGUCAUCCUCUCAGAGAUGAAGGAGGCCACGGCAGCUCUGCCUCUGGUGAGGGCCCCCUGGGGGUGCGGAUGGUGCUGCUGUCUGCAGAGUGGUUGCACUUGUGUCCUUACUACGCAUGCAGAUGUUGGGCAUGUCUCAAACCACAGCCACCAGAAAGGAAACAUCUGCAUGACCUCGAAGCAUCCUCCCUCUGCGUACAGCUUCCUGAGUGUCCUCAGGAUAAGGCGCGCAGCGGCGUGUGCGGGCAGGCUGGGCUGUCGCUGCUGCUUUUCCCAAGACCAAGGCCUGCCCAGCAGGUCCAGCCAUCUCCAUGCCUUGGUGUUUGUUGCUGGUGGUGCGCAGCCUUCACCUCUCUCUUCUUCCCCUCUGCAGGAGGUGACAUCGCAGCCUGUGAUGGGGUUUGACCCCCUUCCUCCUCUGGACUCCAUCAUCUCCUACACUAGACCAGAAAGAACGAAUCAUCCAUCCAACGAAAGCACUUUAUCUCUCUUCUUCCGAUCACUGUUGCCAAAUUUUAACUUGCAGGGGGACAUCAGGCACGAUGGAGAUGACGAGGCGGGAGCAGGGCAGGACCUCAACCAGGGGGUGAACAGGCUCAUGGCAGCCAUGCGGGACAUGCUGGCGAACAUCCAGUUUCAGGAACCCCCCCGAGACGACAAUCCUGAAGGCGACGGGGACUGGGACUGAGCUGAGAGCACGUGUCUCCCACCCUGACCCUGUGUUAAUUGUGCCCCAACCCUGUCCCACUCCAAUAAAAUCAUAGAAACCAGA